AAAUUUCCAACUUAUCAAAAACAUAAAAAACACGAUACUGCUAAAAUAAUUUAUUAUAUAAUUUACAUAACAAAGGUCAGCUUUUUUGGUAUAUUGUGACUUGCACCGGAUCUGCACCAUUUUCCAGCCGGCUUGGAGAGCGGCGCAGAAGGAGGGGCUAAUACAGAGCGCGUUUCGUGGAGAACCAUCACUCCUUACUUUGUGCUUUGAGUCUGUUUAAGAUGGCAACUCCUCCCUCGCCGUUUGCUUACAGUCCAGUUAUUUUGCCUUUAAAGAAUUAAUCCGCCAAAACAGAAGAACAAGAAAAUAUCCUUGGUCGACCCCGGAUAUUUUCAAUUGACAAAAAACAGUUGUUUAUAUUUUAUUUAUUAUUUUCAAAGAAAUCACUAUCCAACCAUAUUAUUUUGCCAAUGUUAUCCUAUUGAUCUAAAUACUUGGCGCUUCGAUGACGUAAGGUUGGGGGCGUUCCCAAGGCGACUGUUGUGCUUGACAGUAGUUGAACAAAGCUGGGGUCGUUUCUAGCAGCGAGUUCCUGAAUCACCCUAUUGUAUUAAAACUAAGCAGCUUUUUUUAAAAAAAAAAAAAAGCAAAAAGAGAAGAAGAAGAAGCAGCAGCGACAGCAAGAGAAGCUCAGCAAAUAAAAGGCGCAGUGAGAGUUUGCGUUUUGAUGAAUUCGGCUUUGCUUUCAACAACAGAAAGGAGAAAAAACUUCACCACAGAUGUCACGAAUACAGUUAUCCCCAGCUGAGCCCGGUGAGGGUGAAGGAACUGUGUGAACUGCUCAGCUACUGGAAUGGAGCCAGCUUCAUCUGCAGGACUCAGAUUGAACGAUUUAUCAGGCUGGGCAUUCCUCCGAGUCUGCGAGGGAGAGUGUGGAAGUGCCUUCUUAACAUUGACACUGAGAGAAUCUAGUGACUUCAACUAUCAGAUGUGUUUGUCGGAAGUCCGAGAGCCCCUUGUGGACCUGGGCAUCAGUGAAUAUGGCAUUUUGUCUGCGAUCUCCACACUGAGUGACACUCAGAAUGAUCUAGGUUUGAACCAACAGCAGCCCUCAAGCUCCUCUGAGCCAUUCUACUCUAUCGAUGAAAUAACUCUGUUCAGACAGAUCGCCCUGGACCUACAGCGAUCUUUCCCAAACCACUGGUCCCUGAUGGGACAGAGUCCAGAGGCCAUUGAGGGUCAGGCUAAACUCUUCAGGGUCCUCAUUGCUUAUGCAAAAUACAAUCCACAAAUUGGCUACAGCCAAGGGAUGUCCUACAUUGCUGCUGUGCUGCUCAUGCAGUUGGGAGAGGAGGAGGCUUUCUGGGCUCUGACAGCCUUGUUGGAUAAACCCAGAUACCUGGCUGAACUGUUUGACCUCAGUCUCACAAAAGUCCAACAUCAAGUGAAGGUCUUUGAUCAGUUCCUCAAAAACCGGAAGGCUCAGCUCUCCAAGUACCUGGACUCGACGGGAGUCUUAUCAGUCCAUUUUGUGAUGCCAUGGUUUCUCACUCUGUUUACUUCCCUGCCCUGCUGGGAUUCUGUUCUUGCUGUCUGGGACCUCACAAGGCCUGUCUGCUGUGUUCCGUACCGCUCUGACCAUCAUUGAGCUUCUGGAGCCCCGACUGAUGGAGCUGAAUGAUGAAGGAACGAUGCUCCCCCUGCUGUUAAGAGUACCUGUGGAUGUAAAAGUUUGAAAAGCAGCAGGAAACGUGCAGCCAAGUCAGAACAGAAAAGGAGACACAAAAUAUUUCAUCAUCUGAAUGCGAGAAGCUACUGAAAAAGGUGAAAUCGAAAAGGCAUAGCAAGCAGAGAAGUAGUGGCCACCAACCUGAAGGACAGGGGAGCAGUGGUGACGUGGCUGUAGCCCCCGUUAAAAGGACGAAACCUGCUGGUUGUGGGAAAAGGGAAAGUUCAUUUCUGCCUUCAUCUUGGCGGUCCUCAACCCUGCCUUGGUCUUCCUCCACCACUCCUUCAAGUCCCCAAUCCACCAGUGCUUCUCAAAGUGGAGAACCCCAUGAAAUGCCCAAUACAGCUCUCAUCAGAUUGUAUCUGAUACUGUGCUGCGAACACCUGCCAUGGACAGGAUGGGGGGAGAUGGUGCUGUAAAGAGAGUUGUCAUCCAGACAUCAGACCGGUAUGCCCUUCAGGAACGCGAGAGAAUCGAAGUUGAUUUAAAAACAAAGAGCAGAGGAAUAUGAAAGUGGUAAACAGGAUUUAUCAAAUUAUGUUGAGCUGUAAAUUUGACAACUGUUUAAAAUUGUCUACGUGUUUCAGUCACUUUGAUGCUGCUUUGUUGUCUCAUGUUCGUCUUUUGAAGUUCUCAAUGCAUGUUCUGUUUUUAAUUAUCUCAAAUAGCUGUAACAAAUAAAAUACAUAUUUUUAAUGCCCUGAA